GCAAUCUAGUGUUUUACAAUGUCGGUAGCUGGCUUUGAAGUGUCCGCCCCCGGAAAGGUUAUCCUGCACGGGGAGCACUCGGUCGUGUACGGGAAACCGGCCAUUGCCGGGCCCAUCGGGUUGAGGACCUACCUCACUUAUAAGCGCCUCCAAUCCCCCGAAGUCAUUCUGGACUUUGCCUCGAUCCCGUUCAACUCAUCGCUCUCGCUCGAAUCGUUCAACGCCUUCCUCGCCCAGUUCGACUGCCACUCGAACCUGCAACCGCUCGAAUUCCUCGAAAAAAUGCGCUCCGCCGACGGCUUUCCGUUCGCCAGCUUCGUCACCCGACAACCCGCGCAAGACUCGAUCAAAGAAAAGUUCUCCCUUGGCACCGCUCUCUACCUGCUGAACCGAAUCCUUCGCAGCGAAGGCGUCGAAUCUCUCGAAAGUGGCUUCCAGCUGACGCUCAAGUCCGUGAUGAGCAUCGGCGCAGGACUGGGUAGUUCCGCCGGAUACGGCGUUUGCGUUUCCGCUGGUGCGUUUCUACUCUCGAAGAUCAUUAAAGGUGAACUCGAGGCGAACUUCUCACUCGAAGACUCACCCGAAGUGCUGGAGAAGAUCUCCAAGUGGGCGUUCGAUUCGGAGAUUGUGAUGCACGAGCGGCCUUCCGGCAUCGACAACACGAUCUGCACGUACGGAAAUCUCAUCAAGUUCAAGCGUGGAAAACCAUUCGAGAGUCUGAAGCUACGUCAGCAGGUCAACAUCCUGAUCGUGGACACCGGAGUUAGUCGGACCACGGCGAAGUUGGUGGCGGGUGUGGCAGAUUUGAAGAGUCGCCACCCUGGGAUGAUGGACUCGAUUUUGGACGCGAUGGGACAUCUCGUUGACGAUGUGGUUUCGAUUCUGGAGGACGACGGCGAUCGGUUUGAGGAACUUCGGACGCUCGUCUCGAUCAACGGCAAUCUGCUGCGGGCGAUCGGCGUGAGUCAUCCGUCGCUGGAGCGGAUCUUCCGGUUGGCUGAAGAAAGUGGAUUCAGUUCGAAGCUGACCGGAGCGGGUGGUGGAGGCUGUGCGUUGGUCUUCUUGCCGCAGGACUACGAAUCGAGCAAGGAGUACGCUGAGUUGACGCAGAACUUGACCAAGGCUGGUUUCCACUGGAUUCAGACCACCAUCGGAGGACAAGGAGUGCAGUUUAAGGCGCUGGAAUGACAGUUGGGUAAGCGGAAGUUGUCUGGAGAUUCGUUACAGUGACAAUAGUGUUAGGCGGAUGUUAGUUAGGUGUUGGGAUUCUGUGUAAUCUGUUCAGAGAUCUUGCUCAAAUGGUAUUAUUUUCGGUUUUUUUUUCACAACUUUUGUUGCUUCUAGGCAGUAAAACAGUAGAUUGCAAAAUGGAA